GUGGCCUAGCCCGGCCAAUUUCCAUCGCAGCCAUUUUUACCCCUAGCCCCCUCCGCUUCCUCCUUUUUACAUCCAAACCCCUCUUCCACUCCCCUCGCCGCCGCCGCCUCCGCCGUCGGGGAGGAUGGGAGGGGCGCACUUCCCCGGUGAGGGCGAGGUGGUGGCCGGGGAGGGCGACGCCGUCGUCCCCCUCCGCGACGUGGGCAAGAUGGAGCACGGGUGCGAGCAUUACAGGAGGAGAUGCAAGAUCGUGGCGCCCUGCUGCGGCGAGGUGUUCGCUUGCCGCCAUUGCCACAACGAUGCCACGGCUUCAGGUGAUCGGCAUACCAUUUGCCGCCAGGAUGUUGAAAAAGUAGUAUGUCUACUCUGUGAUACUGAACAGCCGGUGUCACAAGUGUGCAUAAACUGUGGUGUCAAUAUGGGAGAGUACUUUUGUGAUGUAUGCAAGUUUUAUGAUGAUGAUACAGAGAAAGGGCAGUUUCAUUGCUACGAUUGUGGCAUAUGCAGGGUUGGUGGCAAGGAAAACUACUUCCACUGCGCAAAGUGCGGGUCUUGUUAUGCUGUUGCUCUGCGUGAUAACCAUCAGUGUGUGGAGAACUCAAUGAGGCAGAAUUGCCCAAUUUGUUAUGAGUAUCUAUUUGAUUCAUUAAAAGGAACACGAGUUCUCGACUGUGGACACACGAUGCACAUGGAAUGCUUUUCUGAGAUGGUGGAACAUAACAAAUACACUUGUCCAAUAUGCUCCAAGACAGCUCUUGAUAUGACACAUCACUGGGCAUUGUUAGAUCAAGAGAUUGAAGCAACAAUCAUGCCUCCCGUCUACCGUUACAAGGUUUGGGUGCUCUGUAAUGACUGCAACAAGGUCUCAGAAGUGGACUUCCAUGUGAUUGGCCACAAGUGCAGCCACUGCAACUCGUACAAUACUCGAUCGACAUCACGGCCUGCGGAUUUAUCAGGAAGCAGUUCUCCCUCGACGUCAGAUUCGUCCGAAAACAAUCCGUAGAUAACAUGCCAUGUUGGUGCCCAACAAGAUCUACAGUUUAGACAAUCAAGUCCCAGAUUCAUACAUAUACAAGUAGUAGAAGGAACAUUGUUUUGCGGCUAGCCUAUCCAAGUGCCUACCCAAUUCUUCAAGAUUCAAUUGAUUCCUUGAAUCUUCAUGUGUUGGAACUGCUACUAGACAAAAGCUAUUGUGAUGAUACCAUAUGUUGUGUUGAAUCUUUAAUCACAGCCAUGGCUGUUAUCAGUGUGGGUGAAAGUGAAACCCAUCAUGUUAUCCAGGAGCUGAAUGUUGAUGAUUGCAAUCCAUGGAAAAUGGGUAUGCGUACUCUACAUGUUGAUGAUUGUAUGUUGGUUCA